AUGCGCUCAUUUAUAAAAUCUCAUCGAAAGGCCAAUUCCUUGGAUGAGAGCCCCCUAAAAACGAGUACUUCGAGUGGUGAUCUUCUCUAUUCACAAACGUCUUCGGUGGAUCCACUAGUACUUGUACCCACAACGCCAUCACAUACAUCAAAUAAUGGCAAUGGAGUCAAAUACUCCCCAGGCUUUGAGCCAUUUCAUCGACUAGCCAAUAAAAAGAUGUUCACGUCUAAGUUGUUCAAAAAGAGCUCAGCGACUAAUUUGAAUGCACAAAUGAAUAUUCAUUCCUCUAGUCCCAAAGAGUCUUCAAGUGCACCCGGGACGCCUCAAGUGAAGAGAUGGGAGGGAAAAAGUGAACACUCGAGCUCAAACGAAGACGUCUCGAAGUUUCCUGCGAUUAAGGGCACUGUUACUCAUUCGUGGGGAGACCAGUCAAAAAAUACACAGACAGUUAUAAGGUUGAACAAUCCGUCCACAUCAAGUUCAGAUGGGUCUGAUCUUGAGCCAGCCGUGAGGAUCUCGAGCUUGCGAAAAGGAUCUGUUAUGUCUUACUCCACCACAUAUUCCAAUGAGAAUACGCACAAUACAACACGAGGGACAGAUGAUACACAGCACCGAGAUAAGCACAUUUACAAUGAGCUUUCAAAAGUGAAGAGCAAAAACAGGCAGGUGAGAAUACAUUCGCAUGAUGAUAUUUUGCAUCUAGAAAAGAGCUCAGCAGUGAGUCUUCAACUAUUGGCUUCCACCUCCAAGACGCCAAUUUUACACAAAGAACUAUCGGAACAAGAAGACUCUCAGAAUUCAGUCUCAUCAGAAGAGGAUGAAAACACACAUUUGAAUGGUCUCACUGGUGGACUUUCUACCAACGAAAAGUCUUAUGAAAUAAGAAAGGACUCUGGUAAAGACUAUCUUGGUACAACACGUCAUACACAAGGAACAUCGCGUUCAAAAAGAAGUGAUAGCGAACGCGAUAGUACAUCAGAAAAUUUGACACCCUUCGAUGAGAACGAUUAUGACGACGAUGACGACGAUGCUUCUAGAUUUUCCUUCGAGAUAAACGGUAUAAAUGGGAGGACAUCAUCCAUCAAAUAUUACUCAAAACCAGAUCCGGUGGAGUCUGUGUAUAUUGAUGACAUGUACGAAGAUGAGAAUUUCGAUGAGGAUAUGAACUUCUAUGAGGAUAGUUUUGAUGAUAUGGAAUUUCCCUCCAACAAUAUCAACGCUAAUCUCUCCCCCAAUACGCUACCUCCAUCUAAUAAUUUAAGAGCGUCAGCAUUAUCCACAAAUGCCUUAAAGCCGAAAAAAACAUAUAAUGAUUUACUGGCAUUGUCUGAUGAUGAAACAGAUGAUGAUGAAGAGGAAGUAGGUGACGUUGAUGGUACUGAUCAUUCUGCUCUCUCUGAUAAGAAUAUAGAGAGAGCAGGUGAUCACACGUCAUCUAAUCAGCAAUCAAAUUUCGAUCCCGAAAAUUUUGAAGAGACUCGAGCGGAAUUGAAGAAUCUCUCAAAUAGACCGUUGGUAGCAUCAUCUCUUCUGCACGGUUUCAGUCCAGGACCCAGUAGCGCGAGAUUUUCAUCAAGCGUAAGGAAUGGAGAAGUAAAAGAAAAAACGACAGCUAACAUUAAAUCAUUUUCCGAUAUCUUCAAUUUGGAUGAUGGCGAUGAUGAUAGUGAAAAUGAUGGGAUACCCGGGGAAAUUUCAAGGAGCGACUACAGCUCCGAUGACGAAGAAAUUGAGUCAAGUCGGCCUACGAUAUAUCUGAAUGACAAUUAUGCUGAUUUUAAGGAUAACGCGAAGUCCAGCUCGGCUGCGAACGAUAGCGAAUCCAGAACUCUACCAAAAACGCCUGUUCGUAUUCUUGUCUCAUCUCCAGCGGAAGGCGCGAACAUCAAAAAUAGCAACGUGACACUAGAUCCACAUCUCAAUAUUAAUUGCAGCGGACAAUGCCUGCCGCGGCCUGCUAGGUCUCAAUUACUUAAAUUCCAUGACUUGAGCAGCAAUUUAGACUCUGAGAUUCCUGGAUUCAUGAGUAACCUCUACUUUAUCGACGAAAGUGAAGAAGACAAAUAUAAUGAAAAACAAAAAAUUCCUGAUGAUGACUAUAUUGAUGAAAUCAAUACCGUUCCUGAGGAUUUUGAUUUCUCAGACUCCGAUCAGGAAAUAAAUAUGUUCAAGUCACCCCUUCGUAAAGGAUCAUUCAGAAGCACACAUAGUUAUUCUGAUCAGCCUACUGGAGUUGCCAAAGAAAGCACUCCAACGAGAAACAAGCUAGAAAUAAAAAAUAAAACUGUAACAUUCUUCGAUCAUGCAUGGGAUCGGUCACCGACUGAAAAGCAGAGACCGCUGCAUAAUACAAUCAUGGACUCUUCAUUAGAAAACGACAAUUACGUUAUAUCGCCAAAUGGGACAGGCGACAACAAAAAUAAUCCUGUAACUCCUACAAAUUCUUUCAACAAGCCAGUUCCAGAAUAUUUGAAUGAAUAUUCUCUAAGCCCCAUUCAGGAGAGCUCCACUUCGGUAGAUAACUCUCCUGUCAGGCUGCGCUAA